AUGAUGAUUGUUUGUGUAUGGUCUGUUUUUCUUCUGACAACAGCAGCUGCAUUUGGCUCACGACAAGACAUUCUGAGGCAACCCACCGAAAUAAAUAACAAUAAUGAAACUCUAACAAAUUUAGCACUGAUGCGUCGUCGUUUUGCUUCUCUUGCUCUAUCUUGUAUUCAUCGCGAAUAUCCAAAUAAAUUGGCUCAUGUUCUUGCUACGGAUAGUGACGUAAAACCACCUCGUCAAUUAACGCCGACUUUUUAUGGAUGCUUCGAUUGGCAUUCGGCUGUUCAUGGGCAUUGGCUUCUGGCUCGUCUGGCUCGAAUCGAUGUUAAUCUAGCUGCAGAAUGUCGUCAAGCACUUGGGAAAAGUUUUACUAAGGAAAACAUUUUGAAUGAAGUUGCAUACAUAAACAACAACCAACGAUUAUCAUUUGAACGGCCCUAUGGCUUGGCGUGGUUCUUGAAACUCGCCACAGAAUUAGAUGAAUGGGCACUAGUAGAAACAGAAAAUGUUGAAGAGAUUCAGCAAUGGCGCGAUAAUAUACGUCCACUGGAAAUGUUGAUUGUUGCGCGUCUCUCAUCUUGGCUUCCUAAACUAUCGUAUCCUGUUCGUAGUGGUGAACACAGUCAGACAGCUUUCGCACUUGGCUUCGCGCUUGAUUACGCUUAUCAGAUGCGCAAUACUGUGUUCGUUCAACUGAUUGAACAACGCUCACUUGCAUUUUUUUAUACGGAUAAAACGUAUCCAUUCAAUUACGAACCAUCGGGUGAAGAUUUUCUCUCUGCUGGUCUAGCUGAAGCUGAUCUGAUGCGUCGUGUAAUGAAGAAAAAGCCGCAAGACUUUAUUCGAUGGUUCAAUGAAUUUCUUUCGACAGAAACGCUGCCGAACAAUCUUGAACCACCCUAUAUUGCCGAUCCCACUGAUCCUAAACUAAUUCACCUGGCUGGACUAUGUAUCAGUCGUGCAUGGAUGUUAGAGGCAAUUGCCGAUGCUCUCUCCUUUGAUAUUCAAGAAAGCAAUCGCCGAGAUCAACUAUACGAAUUAAGCAAAAGAAAUGCUCAAACAGGAUUAACAGCUAUAGACGAAAACAAUUACGAAGGAGGACAUUGGCUGGGUACAUUCGCCGUGUAUUUGAUUACACAUCGCCAAGCACUAACCAAUGAUGGUGCCGAUCAAGAUUACAGAGUCACUCUAGUGUUAUGUCUUCUUUUGGCAGGUUUUUUCUAG